GGCAUAGCUAGGUGAAGAUGAGUGUGAAAUUGAAAAUCUGGCAUUAAAAUCCAAUAGAUCCUUGCCUAUUCAAUUGCGCAAUUUGCAAUCCACACUCCACCUUCUUCCUACCUUCUCUCUGACAGUUAUGGCACCAGCACCACCACCACCACCACCACCAAACCUUAGCCUCUGGUCCAUCCUCUCCGAAUCAAAGCGGAUAAUCAACGCCCACUCCCGCCACUUCCUCGCCCUCUCCGUCGUCUUCCUCCUCCCAAUCUCCUUCUCCCUCGUCAUCUCCCCCCUCCUCCCAACCCCUUCCCCCACCUCCCAAAUCCACAUCCUCCUCCGUCAAUCCCAAUCCCAAUCCCAAACCCUAACCCUAACUCCUCUCCCCCAAUCCCCUUUCAAUCUUCCACUCUCCCCCCUCCUCCUCCUCCUCCUCCUCAUCCUCUUCUCCCUCUCCGCCACCGCCACCAUCACCCACAGCGUCUUCCACGGCUUCUUCGGCCGCCCCGUCAAACUCCUCUCCACCGUCACCUCCCUCUUCUCCUCCUCCUUCACCCCUCUCCUCGCCACCUCAAUCAUCUCCCACUCCAUCCUCCUCUCUCUCCCCAUCCUCAUCCUCCUCCUCAACUACCUCACAUCCCCCUUCUCCUCCUCCUCUCACAUCACCCUCACCGCCUCCGCCUUCCUCACCCUCGCUCUCCUCUCCUUCACCAUCUACCUCCGCAUCUCCUGGAUCCUCGCCCCCGUCAUCGCCGUCGUCGAAUCCUCCUGGGGCCUCGAACCUCUCCGCCGCAGCGCCGCCCUGAUGAAAGGGAUGAAAGGCGUCGGCGCGGCCUCGUUCCUCUUCUUCUCCGUGGCACAAGGCAUCGUACUGUGGACCGGUUCUCUAUUAACCGUGGACUCCGGCGCGUGGAGAGAUUGGGCUUUUGUCCUGCAGAUCGUGCUCGCUUCCACCGUUCUGAUGCUGCUCAUGCUUUACAGCACCGCCGCUAACACCGUGCUGUACAUGUACUGCAAGGCGGUGCACGGCGAACUCGCUUCCGAGAUCGCGGAGGAAUUUGCGUGGCAGUAUGUGUGCUUGCCGUUUGAUGAUGGGAAGGUGCCUCACGUUGUUUCGGUUCUCCAUGUGUAAUAAGACUCUGAACCAGUGAAGGUCACUCAAAGAUUGUGACUUGACGUCAUCGAAAGAUAGUUUAAGUGGUAAAAGCUGGGUGAAAGUUGGGGAUGAGAAGGUUCAGGAUCUAUUCAGGGAUCUAUUCCCUGACGGAUACAAUUCAACUUUCCGAUGUAAUGUACCAAGAUGUAAUGUAGCAUGACAUGGCAAUUGAUUAGUCUGAAACUUGUGGAUAUGAGUGAACAAUGAAUUGUGAAUGUGCAUUUGUUUUGUUGAGAUUA